UUUCUUUAUAACCAUACUGCUCACGACGUCCCGGAAUUAAAUUUGUACAUUUUCUACUUGUUUUAUUUUCUUUGUUCAUGGUAGCAAAUAAAAAAAUAAAUUAAUACAAUGGCUUCUGAAAGAUAUAGCUUUUCGCUGACUACUUUCAGCCCAUCGGGAAAACUAGUCCAAAUCGAAUAUGCUUUGGCCGCUGUCUCAGCCGGUACUCCAUCGGUCGGGAUAAUGGCUUCAAAUGGCGUUGUAUUGGCCACUGAGAAUAAGCCCAAAUCAUCACUCUAUGAAGAACACAGUGUUAACCGAGUUGAAAUGAUCACUGGACACAUUGGUAUGGUUUAUUCUGGUAUGGGUCCAGAUUUUCGUCUUCUUGUCAAACAAGCUCGUAAAAUCGCCCAAAACUACUUUUUAACCUAUAAGGAGCCAAUACCAGUUGUUCAGUUGGUGCAACGCGUUGCAACUUUAAUGCAAGAGUACACACAAACUGGUGGUGUACGUCCAUUUGGUGUAUCACUUUUGAUUUGUGGAUGGGACAAUGAUCGUCCAUAUUUAUUCCAAUGUGAUCCAUCUGGAGCAUAUUUUGCAUGGAAGGCAACUGCUAUGGGCAAGAAUGCAGUAAAUGGAAAGACAUUUUUGGAAAAACGAUACAGUGAGGACUUGGAGCUUGAUGAUGCUGUUCAUACUGUUAUCUUAACUUUGAAGGAAGGAUUCGAGGGUAAGAUGACGGCAGACAACAUUGAAAUUGGUAUCUGUGACAAGAAUGGUUUCAAACGCUUGGAUGCCAAUACUGUUAAGGAUUAUUUGGCAAACAUCCCAUAAACAAACAAAUUGUAAUAAUUAAGUUUUUUCCAAUCAUUGUAUGGUUUUAAAUAAAUGCUGGUUUUAAAUACAA